CACACCUCCCGUCUCAUUCUUCCUCUUUCUGUGCUCCGCUCUCGUCUUUUCUUGAAUAAUCAUGUCGUGGCAAGCAUACGUCGAUACCAACCUUAUUGGCACCGGGAAGGUCACACACGCCGCCAUCGUUGGCCAACAGGGAGGUAUCUGGGCACACUCUGCAAACUUCAACCUCAGCGCAGAGGAGCAGAAGGCAAUCGUGGGCGCGCAUGCGAACCUCGACCAGAUCCGCGCGAGCGGCGUCCGCCUCGCUAGCCAGAAGUACAUCACGACCACGGCGGAAGGGCGUAGUAUCUACGGCAAGAAGGGCGCUGACGGCUGUGUGAUCGUCAAGACCAAGCAAGCGAUCCUCGUCGCGGUCUAUGUCGGGCCUUUGCAAGCUGGAGAAACCACUCCUGUCGUCGAGAAUCUCGCCGACUACCUCGAAAGCGUGGGCUACUAGACAGACGUUUCCUGGGCGAUAAUGAUUGACGGGCAUGACUAAGUUGUAUCUUGACACACCGCAUCUUUUGGCUACACUCCAAUGAAGUAUUCUCUACAUAACCACAAC